UGGAGGUCGAUAUUAAAACAGCUAGUUCUAGUUUUCAAUUGAAACCCCAUGGUCAGAAAAGGAAGCAGCAAUUUCAAGCUGAGAUUAAGGAGAAGAAGGGCAGAGGUAAUGGUUGUGUCAAUUUCAGUAGUACUAGUAUUUUCAAUUUUAAUGAUAAUCAAGAAGAUGUUAUAGCACGGGAAAUUCUCAGUUGGUUACCGGUAAAGUGCUUGAUAAGAUUUAAAUCUGUAUGCAAAUAUUGGUUUUCAGUAAUUGAAGAAGAUGUUGGAUUUAUAAGUCUACACCUUGAGCGGUCUAGAGCACGACCAUGCCUUCUCGUUGCUAAUUCAAUUGAUAAUCGUUCUAAAUAUGAAUUUAUGACUGCCAGUCUAGUAUUUGGGGAUAAAGGAGCUAUAUCGGCAGCAAAAUUUCACACAAUAAGAGAGAUUGAAUUUGGUGGUCCUGAUUUAAUGUUAAAGCCAGUAUUUGGGUUAAUUGGGUUCUUUGGUGAAAUAAGAGAUGACCCCGGUGUUUGCAUCUUUAACUUAAGUACCCGGAAAAUGACGCCUUGGAUUGUAAGCAACUUGUUAAGAGAUGUGCGUAGACAAGACCUUGAAGCGUCUAAUAAAAUUGCAAUGGCUACAUGCACAUUAGGAUAUGAUCCCAUCUCUAAAGAGCAUAAAGUGGUUGGUAUAUGGAGGUCUUCGCAACCUUCUUAUGUAGUUUGUGAGGUGUUGACAGUUGGAGAUAAUGAAUGGAGACGGAUUGAUGAGGUACCACCACAUGAUAUAGAAUUACACGGAUCUUCAGUUUAUAUAAAUGGUUCUAUUUAUUAUACCACUAAGUUUCUUGGAAUGUUUGAAGCCGGUGAAAAAGAGAAAAAAUUCAUAGUGGGAUUUGAUGUUGGAAGUGAGAAGUUUAGAGCAAUUAGGGUCCCUAGCUACAUCUUUGAACAACCUGAAAAUUACAAUUUUCGUUUCUACCAUAUCAUGCUGUUAGAAUUAAAUGGACGCUUAGGUUUAUUUAGUAUACUUGAAAAGAGUGGUUACACACCUAAGUUAUGGGUAUUGAAUGAAGAUAGAAACAGGAAAAACUCAAGAAAUUCUUGGACUGAGGUUUCCAUUCAGCUACCCUACACUUUGGGCGGAGGUCGCUGUGAUUUUGCUUGUGAUCCAGUUCCAGGGACAAAUCAAUUAAUCUUAACCUCUUAUUUGAAAACAUCUGGCUGUAAGAUAUCUGAAUCUACAUGCCAUUCGUAUAAUUGGAAAAAGAAGACGUUCAAUGCAAUUGAUUUCAGUGGGAUUUCCUCAGCUCCUUGUUUUUCCUCUGCAUCAACGGUUGGAUCUUUCUUUGAGAGCCUAUUUCCCAUCCAAAAGCGCAGCUAUAGAGGUUCGGGAGUUGAUGAGCUUGAUUGUUGAAGACUCCUCCUGGAAGAGAUAAGUUGGUGGCGAUUGAUUGUUGGACCAAUCUGGGCUCUUACUGUUACACUGUCUUCAUUGGGUUCUCUUGGUAUGUCUUUUUUGUAUGCUCUAAAUUAUUUUGUCCUCUACACAUGCGGUUCGGGAGUUGAUGAACUGAUUGUUGAAGACUCCUCCUGGAAGAGACAAGUUGGUGGUGAUUGAUCGUUGGAUUAGUCUGGGGUUCUCACUGUCAACAAUAUGUUCUCUUGGUGUGUCAGCAUUAGGUUCUCUUCUGAUGGUUGUCUUAAAUUAUAUGUAGCAAGUACUCUAGAUUAUUUUGUCCUCUACGCAUGCUGUUCUUUUGUUUUUAAACUUUAAAGUUAUAAACUGGUAGUACAAUGGUGGUGUUCAAGUC